UUAAUAUAUUUACUCUUCGAGUAUCGUGUGAAUUAGCGUAUUUAAAGUGUUAAUUGAUAAUAAAAUUCAGUUCUGUAAUAUUUAACAAAGAUUACGUGAUAAUUAAAUAGUUCUACAAUAAUCAGCUUGUCGAGCAACAUAUUUAUUGAUUGAAAUCUAAAAUCAAUUCAAUUCAAUCCAAAUAGCAUCACUGUCUAAUAAAGCAUAGACUAUAAAUAAACAAAAAGAAAAAAUAGUCGGCAAAUUUCGUUUCAAUAUUGAGUUGCAUAAUUUCGACAUUAUUUUAUUGCCAAUGGCACGAGUUCGACGUCGUUCGCGUAAAAAAGGAGUUAAGGAAAUCGUUGGUGUUCAAGACAUUACAGACAACAGAAAUAUAUGGCGUAUGCUUGUGGCAGAAUUCCUUGGAACACUCUUACUAGUCUCAAUCGGUAUUGCAAGCACAACUGGAUGGGAAAAGGAUUAUGAGCCAUCCAUACCACAAAUUGCAUUAUGCUUUGGAUUAGUCGUUGCCACUUUAGCCCAGGCUUUCGGGCACAUAUCAGGUUGUCACAUAAAUCCAGCUGUAACAUGUGGACUUAUGAUCACUGGUGAUGUCAGCAUUCUAAAAGGAUUCUUUUACAUUUGUUCGCAAUGUAUCGGAGCUAUUGCCGGUGCUGCAAUUAUUAAGGCAGCAACACCAGACUCAUAUGUUGGUGGUUUAGGAGUUACUGGAUUACACGAUUCACUUUCAGCUGGUCAAGGUGUUCUUAUUGAGGCACUCAUCACUUUCAUCCUUGUAUUUGUUGUUCAUGGAGUUUGUGAUGGUCGUCGAUCGGAUGUUAAGGGAUCUGUACCACUUGCUGUCGGUCUUUCUAUCACAGCUGGACAUCUUGCAGCCAUUAAAUUCACUGGAGCAUCAAUGAAUCCAGCAAGAAGCUUUGGACCAGCAGUAAUUAUGGGAAAUUAUACAAACUUGUGGGUUUAUUGGGUUGGACCAAUAAUCGGAGGAUUAAUUGCCGGUGCUGUUUAUAGAAUAUUCUUUAAAGUGCGCAAAGGUGAUGAAGAAGCAAAUUCCUAUGAUUUUUAAGUGAUUUUAAAUGCGCAACAUUAUGAAGCUUUUAAGUGUAUAAGUUUAAUGUAUUUUUUAAGUUCUUUACUACACACCAUUAUUGAAAUAAUUUUAAUUUCUAUGUCUCGCUUCACAUUUUAUUAUUUUUAUCGUAAAAUGCUGAAAUCUUUUAUCUCGAAAACCACAAAGUGCUAUUUUACACACAAACAACACAUCACACAAAUUACACACGCGCAUU